GUGUAACAGCAAAGAAGAGUCUUUUAGAAUUGGGAGGCAAAUGUGUCAGUUAAAUAAGAGAAAGUAUAGAUGAAAGGAAGAAGCAAGCAAGCUUGGGCUUGAAGAGAAGAACAUCUCCCCUUCUCCACUGCUUCACUUCUCCUAUCAUUAGAAGCAUGAGAGAGAGAGAAACAGAGAAAAGAAAGAAAAAAAAAACAGAGUAUUUUAAUUCAAAGCUGCAGAAGAGAGAGAAAGUAAUAUACAAAAUUAAAGUGGAAAAAAAGAGAGGUAGAGAUUAGGUUUUGUGUAAUAAUUUAGCAUCAACAAGAGCAGUUGGCAUUAGUUAGUCUAUGAUGUCUUGUCUUUUAAUAUCUAAUUCAUACAUGUCCACACACAGGUGAGCAAAUGUCUGUGUUCUUCUCUCUGUCUCUGUCUCUGUCUCUGUCUCUGUUCUAUAAAAGUUGGAAUUCGAUGCUUUCUUUGCCCUUUAUGCAACCAUGAACCAACCCAUUUCGUGAAUUCCACUUCUUUCUUGGUUCAUAACUUCACCCAUUGGUUUACUACGUCUCUCUUUAUAGCUUCUCUGUUAAGACCGACCAUUUUCAUUUCCUGAAACUUUGCAGGAAUCCCUUUUCAGAUUUUUUCUGUUCUAAGCCGAAGAAAAGAACCCUGAGAGAGAGGCUUCUUAAAUCAAUCAUAUUUUGGUGUUUGAUUCGAUGGAGAAGUUGGAAAAUGUUUUUCUUUCAUACCCAAAAGUUAAAAGCGAAUCUGCUUUCCUUUUGCUGCAUUCAUGAGCUGUUCUGUAGCUAAUGUCGUUGUUUCUUCUCCACUUUAUACUCUCAAAGCUUCACUUUCUCUUCUUCUCCCUUUUGCAUUUGAACAGAGUAGAAAAAACAGAGCAGAAAAAACAGAGCAAAACAGAGCAAGCUUGUUCUACACCUUCAACAACACCCUCUCUUCUUUCUCUUUAGCUUUUUUGUUCAUGGGGAUGCUGCAUUUGAGAAGCUGCUUUUACUUUAACGUCUUAUAAAGCUGCAAAGCCUACAUUUUGUUCUUUGUUUAGUCUUGCAAGAUAUCACAGGCUCAACUCUGGUCAAAAUCGCCUUUCCCUUUUAAUAUAUUUUCUCUCUUUUCGUUUUUGUUUUCCUUUCAUUGGAAGUAACUGUAAACUGACUAGCAAGGGGAGGAAAAUGGGUGAUCUCGAAAAUGACGAAAUGGGUUUUCGAAAUUCGAGUGAUGGGUUACUGAAUUGUCCAUCUUCGGAUAGAACUUCAGUAACAAUGGCGAUGGGUUCGUUUUAUGGGUCUGGUUGGGAUCCACUGGUUUCAUUAGGUCAAAGUGAGAGCUUUGGAGCAGCUUCAAUGGCUUCCUCACAUCGAGAUUUUUCAAAUUCCUUUCCUAUUGUUUUGGAGAAUCAUCAUCAUGGAGGAGGAAGUGGCACAUCACAGACUGUUCAAUAUCCGACAGAUUUAGAGAUGGGUACGAAGUUGCCAUGUUUUGGGAGUGGGAAUUAUUCCGACAUGUUCGGUUCUUUUGGUCUUGCUGAUCAGAUUCUUGGAGGGUGUUCUUCAAGUUACAGAAAUGGAGGAACUGCCAACACUGCUCAAACAUCACAAGAAACUUUACCACCACCAUCUGGUGAAGAAGCUGCAUUAGGUUCACCAAAUGGUAAAAUCAGAAAACGAGCCCUUGAUUCCGCCUUCCCAUUUAGCUCAAAUACGAAAUCUGAAGGGAAAGUGAAAAAAGAUGUUUCUGGGGAAAGUUCGAGUACACAAGAAGAGAAAAAUCCAGAAAUGGAACAGAAUUUACGAACUGGAAAACAAGCUAAAGAGAAGUCCAGUAACAGUGGAGAAGCUCCCAAGGAAAAUUACAUUCAUGUGCGAGCUAGAAGAGGGCAAGCCACAAACAGCCAUAGCCUUGCUGAGAGGGUGAGGAGGGAGAAGAUUAGUGAACGGAUGAGAUUGCUUCAAGAACUUGUUCCUGGAUGCAAUAAGAUUACUGGAAAAGCUGUAAUGCUUGAUGAAAUUAUAAACUAUGUUCAAUCACUGCAACAACAGGUUGAGUUUUUGUCGAUGAAACUUGCUACUGUCAACCCCGACAUGAACAUCGAUCUCGAGCGGAUUUUAUCCAAAGAUAUUUUCCAGGUACGAGGCAGCAAUGAAAGUGUUCUAGGAUUUGAUCAUCCUGGGAUGAGCGCAGCUCCUCCGGUCGUCCCCGCUCACCGGAUGUUUCAGUUUCAGGGGAUGAUGUCGAAUAUGGCAUCCACAUCCACAUCCACGCAGUUUCCUUCUUUACCUCAGACGAUGUUGGAAAGUGAUAUCCAAACUCUUCUCCAAAUGGGGUUCGAUUCGGGUUCGGCCAUUGACAAUUUGGGACCAAAUGGGAGGUUGAAAGCAGAGCGCUAAGUGGUUGGAGAUGGAGGAGGAGACUGGGGAAUUCAAAUGUAUAGGACUCGGUUUCUGACUAUUGUUCUUCGAGUUUUAGCAGAAGAAGAUGGAUUGAUAGCAGAAAAAGGAAUGUAAAUUUAGAACGUGGGUGAGGGCUGAUGAUGAGAAUUGGUUUGAAUUGGGGAUUGUAGAUUAGUGUUGAGUUUUCAUGGAAAUUUUGGAAGAGAAGGAUCAAAUCUUCCUUUGUUAUUUGCAUUUGGUAUCAUUUUUUUUCUUGGGUUUUGUUCAUUUGGGACUCUUGAUAUUCAUUUGUUUGUUAGUAGGACAAGAACAGAGCAUGCUUAUAUGCUUCGUUCUGCGUGUCCAUGGCGGUGGCAAUGCGAUGAAUCUUUAAUGAAUUUAAGAUCACAAGCUGCCAUUUCAUUUCAAUCU